CGAUAGACUUGUUUCUAAAGUUAAUAAUAAAGAAAAAGGUAUCUCCUCCAGUCAUGGCCGCUGCGAUGGUUCUCUCUUCUCAAACCCUAGCCCACCGUAACCCUAAUCCUCGCCUUAACCGCAACUCUAACGGUGCUACAGCGGCUCCUCCUCGCCGACGCAAGCGAAACCCUACGACGACGUCUCAACCUACGGUGAUCAAAUCUCCGGCGGCGAAUACUAAUCUUGUGAUGGGACAAGUCAAGAUCCUCAAACGCGGCGAGGCGUUGAGCGCGUUUAACAACAAGGAGAACAACAGUAGCUGCGAUGUUACAAGACGACCUGUUUCGAAUUCGAAGAAGAAGAUGGUGAAUAAUGAUGUUGAUUUGAUUGUAUCGUCGACUAAUAGACUUGGACCUGAACCGGAGACUGUGAGGAAACAGAUCGGAGCUUUAAAACGAUUGGAGAUCUUCGCCGGAGCUGGUUGCUCUAUUUCGCCGCUUCCCAGCUCUGUUCCGAUCCCAUGUUUUUUGGAGAAGAACAAUCUCGUCCUUUAGAUCUCCAAAAGAAGAGAUUUGGGGAGAAAACUAAAACCCUAAAAUUGCAACCAGUCUUUAAGAGGCGCAGACGUUGAAGGAUCAGGAUCAUGUGAAGUGAGAUAAACAAACAAAUCUCAGAGAAGAAAGAAGAAGAAGAAGAUGAUGGCGAAUGUGAUCUCAAAGCUCCAAUUACAACCAAAGUUUGGCUCUCUGCUCAUUGCUCUGUAAAAGUCACUAUGAUGACUCUUCUGUUAUGGCUUUUGUGUUUUUGUUUUUGGAUUCUGAAGUUUUGUAGUUGUCAUGAUCACAUCUCUUUUAUGCAAUAAAACCUUUUUAGUAUAA